CUACUUGAGGGGGUUAUUCCGGAAAAGGGGACUGCAGAAAUGACUAACCCCGUGUGCGUGAAUAAACAGGCGUGAGCUGCGGAGCGCGAGGGCAGUCUGAGAAACUUAGGCGCUGUCCAUGGUGCUGAAUCGCCCCGCGGCGUCCCCUCAGUCUGUCUGUGAGGGGACCGACGAGUCUGUGAGCGUCAUCUUUUUCCAUCGACCCGAGCUGUCCACAUGAACCCGGGAUGAUGGACGCGUACAGUUUCACACACCAGAUUUAACUCGGACACCAGCGUGAAGGACUUGUGGAUUUAAAUGAAGACGCGACUGGGCAAAAUGUUUCUGAAGACAUCAUUUUCCACGUACUUUCACCGCUGGUUAUCUAUUUACUGACCAGCGCGAGCCCGCUUCCAGCCAGUAACAGUCCAUUCAUGCAUCCAUCCAUUCAUGUAUCAACAUGUUAUAAAAAAUGAACUGCUGUAAUUUAGUUGCCCUUCAAGCAUAAGGAGAUCUGCGUUUUUUGCUUUGUUUUUUAUCAAAGAAGAGCGACGAUUCCCACAGAGAAAUGGCUCGCCUGCUUGUUCUGGUCAACUCCGUGGUCCUGUUGCUUUUUGGCAGCGACAUGUUCUUGGUAGGAGCAAAUCGGCCCCCAGCUCCUGUCAAUGUAUCGGUCAUGCACCUACGGGCCGACUCGGCAACUGUAUCCUGGGAGGUUCCAGAAGGAGAUAUAAUAAUCGGCUUCUCCAUCUCGCAACAGAGGCAGGAGGGACACAUGCAGCGAUUCAUCCGGGAAGUCAAUACCACCAGCCGUUCUUGUGUCCUUUGGGACCUGGAAGAGGAGACGGACUACAUCAUCCAGGUUCAGUCAAUCGGUCUCUAUGGGGAAAGUCAAGCCAGCAAGAAGGUCCAUUUUCGCACCCUCAAGAAGACCGACCGCUUCCCCUCCAACAGCUCCAAUCAAGAUGACCCCACUGUGCAGGGCCUGGACAAGUCCCGGCAUCUACAAACUGGAGAGAUGAUCAUAAUUGUGGUGGUUUUGCUCAUGUGGGCAGCUGUUAUUGCCCUGUUCUGCCGGCAGUAUGACAUCAUCAAGGACAACGACUCCAGCAACAAUAAGGAGAAGGCCAAGCCGUCGUCAGAGAGGAGCACGCCGGAGCACCACAGCGGAGGGCUGCUGAGGAGCAAGUUUCAUCCUUCUGUGCCGUCUAUCAACAUCAUCGAAGUUUGAGAAGAAGGAAGUUAAACUCCUCUCUCUUCAUCAAUCUAUGUUCCACCUUUCUUACUGAUGAGGGAAAAAAGCUGAAAACAAACAUGUACAGUUUCUGUGGGUCAUCAUCAGUGAAGAAGGUCGGCUGAGGAUGAGACACACAUGCAUGCACACAGUAUUUGUGGAAAAACACUAAACUACAGGUACACACCCAUGCACAUGACCCUACACACACACACACACACACACGCACACACACACACACACACACACACAAUAUAGUACAGUAGCUAACAGAAACCUCCUGCAGGUCGAUAGUAUAAACUAAUGUUAACCCAUGGUGCAGUUAACAUUGAUGUCUUUGCCAGGUGCUUGGUAUGUUAUUGCAAUACAAAACACACGAUCAUCUCUGGGAGGCCGGUCUUCAUGACUUUAAAUACGCAAUGUAUUUUUGAUAUUGGCAUGUGCAAUUAGACACCCUGUUGUAGGCAACUCGGCUCAAAACGAAUCAACAUUUUUUUCCAUUGCAAAUAGUGUUAAUAUCACCAGAAAUGUAUAUUAUCUGACUGCUGUGUGCAGAUUGUUAAUAAGGAGAGAAAGCAAAUACAUAUUUUCAUUUGUAAGAACUGCCGCAACCACGUCUUAUUUUUUUCUAAUGCCAUUUUCGGAAUAACAUUGUAUUUUUUCAUGUAUUUCAUAACUAACAAACAUCAUGUCUGUACAUAUUUGAUUCAUUUACUAAAGUUGCAUGCAGGUCAUUUGCCUGUAGAAUAGCAUUUGAUGUGCAUACAAAGUUAGAUGCCAUAAAUGGAGAAAUAAACAUGAUUGCAGUCUUGUUCAUGUUUUCUUCGGCCCGCUUUUAGAGCGUAUCUUUUUAUCAUCCAGCGUUGCAUUUUCAGAUCUUGUAUAUUUCCUGAUAAUUGUAUUUCCUCCAGUGUAAAAUAAACCUUCUUUUGAAUGUCU